GGUGCCGCGCAGAGGGACCCCCGCCCGGGAGGGUCCAGAGCGGGGCUCCCGGCACAGAGACGGUCCCAGUAGGCGCAGCCGCCGGGGCCUCGGGCUCGGGAACCUGCGCGCCCUGCGUGCUGGGGGCCGGGACCCCCGGCCGUCCUCGGAGCCUUCUUCCCCAGCAGGCGCCGUCGCCAGCGCGCCCGGGCGCCCCGCGCGGGCCAUGGAGCCGGCAGCCGGGAACCUCAGCGACGGGAACGCGAGCGGCCCCGAGCCCCCAGCCCCGGAGCCCAGGCCGCUCUUCGGCAUCGGCGUCGAGAACGUCGUCACCCUGGUGCUGUUCGGCCUGAUCUUCGCGCUCGGCGUGCUGGGCAACAGCCUGGUGAUCACCGUGCUGGCGCGCAGCAAGCCUGGCCGGCCGCGCAGCACCACCAACCUGUUCAUCCUCAACCUGAGCAUCGCCGACCUAGCCUACCUGCUCUUCUGCGUCCCCUUCCAGGCCACGGUCUACGCGCUGCCCUCCUGGGUGCUGGGCGCCUUCGUCUGCAAGUUCAUCCACUACUUCUUCACCGUCUCCAUGCUGGUCAGCAUCUUCACGCUGGCCGCGAUGUCCGUGGACCGCUACGUGGCCAUCGUGCACUCCCGGCGCUCCUCCUCCCUGCGGGUGUCCCGCAACGCGCUGCUGGGCGUGGGCUUCAUCUGGGCGCUGUCCAUCGCCAUGGCCUCGCCCGUGGCCUACCACCAGCGCCUCUUCCACUGGGAGGUCAGCAACCAGACCUUCUGCUGGGAGCAGUGGCCCAACCAGCGCCACAAGAAGGCCUACGUGGUGUGCACCUUCGUCUUCGGCUACGUGCUGCCGCUUCUGCUCAUUUGCUUCUGCUACGCCAAGGUCCUCAAUCAUCUGCAUAAAAAGUUGAAGAACAUGUCAAAGAAGUCAGAAGCAUCGAAGAAAAAGACCGCACAGACGGUUCUGGUGGUGGUUGUGGUUUUUGGGAUCUCCUGGCUGCCACAUCAUGUCAUCAAUCUCUGGGCCGAGUUUGGGGUUUUCCCGCUGACCCCCGUCUCCUUCCUCUUCAGAAUCGCCGCUCACUGCCUGGCCUACAGUAAUUCCUCGGUGAACCCUAUCAUAUACGCUUUUCUCUCGGAAAAUUUUAGGAAGGCCUAUAAACAAGUGUUCAAGUGCCACAUGCGCAAUGAGUCACCUCUUAAUGAUACGAAAGAAAAUAAAAGUCGAAUAGAUACCCCGCCGUCCACCAAUUGCACUCACGUGUGAGAGCGUUAGAGCGCUCGUGUGGAGUCUCAGACAGAACACAGUACGACGAGGGGUUAGCAAGCCUGCAACUUCUUAUGCUCAUGACAAGUCGCAUCAUUUUAGUCCUACCUGUUUUUGAAAACAGUACUUUGAUCCAUUUAGGAAAUCUCGAGGUCUAGUAAAGAUUGUUUCUAAAUUUUAUUUCAAAAACAAAAGGAAACGCUAUAUAGUUUUUUAUACCUUUACAGAAACGAAAGGUUAAUAGAAUUCCAUCGACAUGUUCAGUUCUUCAUCGGACAGCCUAUAAAGAUGGUCAGGAAUACUGGCGAUCUACAUUUUGAAGCCAGUUUAUUUAGAAAAAAAACACAUGUAUGUGUUAAUUCUUCAAUUUUAAGAAACGAGGUAAUAUUGCGAGGUAUGUGUUUCAAAAUAUGAUCAUGGAUACACGAUCAAAGUUUUACCUGGAUUUCAUUUUUUUUGUGGCCAUUUAUAUAGAGGCGCAUCUGUUAAAUGGCAGUGAGACUUUGCCAAGUCAAUUUGCACCGGCCUCAUUUGCCCCCAACUGUCAAUAGUGAACACGGUUUCCGGAGAUGAGCUUCACCUGUCUGUGGUCAUGAGGGCCCAUUAACUUCAUCUCUGGAGACGAGCACAGCAGCACAGCGGUGACUCAGGGUGACAGACAUUGGCCCGGUCACUUAAAACUAUUCUGCGAUGUAGGCUUUGUAGAGUUACCUAAGAAAAAAUCAGGGAAAAUGCCAAGGGCAACUAUUCUAAUAGUGGAAGCUUCCAGUGAGAUCCAAGAGGGAACGUGGUCAUUAAAGUUUUACAAAGAUAUCGCCCAGGGUAUUUUGUGUGCCUUGAGUGGAACUGAGCCAAAAGGGAGUAAAAAAAAAAUGCCAGUGAGGAUGAUACGUGGGUAAUAGUUUCUAUGGGGCUGGGGAGAAGUCAGAAUCCAUUAAGACACAUGGUAGUGGUCGUGCCACAUGUGGAAAGCGUACGCAACACGCGAUUCAGAUAACAUUAGAAGAAAAGGAAUCUUCUGAGUAGGUAUACCCAAGGAUAUAUGUUGUACAAACACAUGCUUUGUUUCAUUAAAUUCGUAGUAAUGUUAAAUGCACAUUUACCCCCAAUAUUACUUCCUCGGAAAUGAUCAUAGGCUGAAUUUCAAAUGUACUUUUCAUGACAAUUUCGUGUUUAUUCAUGUGUAGAAUGAAAAAUACGGGAUGAAGAGAUUAAAUUAUUCUACCUUAGAACAGUAGUUUUCAGACUCCAGGACUUUGCUAUAUUUUUUGUGAGAAUCCAACAUCAGGAAGACUUUUUGAAAAAGGAUUUAGUGUAAUGCACACCCGUGUCAAAUCAGGGUUCCAUAGGAAAUGUCAAAUUUUAGAUGAAAAAACUCGAUAUCAGUCUUUGCAUGUUAAAUUUUCCAGCUGAUGAAUUCAUUGUCACUAAUCACACUCCUCCAGCAAAUGGUAUUUACGUUUGCAAUGCUUGAACUGAUUCUCUAGCCAGAAUAGGAGAAAAUUCUUCGAAAGGAUGGGAAAUCAUGAGCUCUCAUGUUUGGUGGCUAGGGAAAGAAGUUGCAUGUAUGUGUGAUGCCAGUGUUUUAGAGGACAGCCUAAGUCCUUUGCAUGGAAAAUUCUUUGCAAUCUAUUCAAAUACAGCAGCAGAAACAUUGUACCCUGACAA